CAAUGACCAACAGCAUAAGAUCUUGGAAGGGGAUUCCAUAUCUACAUGCAUCUAUCAACAUAUGUUAUGCUUACCAAUCUAAAGCGCAUCUAAUACCGUAUCAGUUUUCCCAUCGCCAAGACCAGCCCCUUGUACACGACCUAUUAUAUAUCACAUUCAAUCGGUUUUCUCAGCUCCAUCGCGAAAUCAGGAAAUGGAAGGGAUAGCUCAAUUCAAGGUGGCGGGUGUCUCCUCUCCCUGCGAGACAUGGUACAAGGUCAUCGGCGAUCUUAAGUCCGAAGCUGUGCCCCUAAUCAUCGUCCACGGAGGACCCGGAGCAUGCCACGAAUACCUGCUCCCACUUGCCGACCUGGCGCCGUCGAUGCCGCUUGUCUUCUACGAUCAGAUCGGGAAUGGCCGCUCAACUCAUCUGCCGGAUAAAGCCGGAGAUGAAGAGUUCUGGACUCCGGAGCUUUUCAUCGACGAGUUUCGGAACUUGAUGCGCCAUCUCGAAUUGACGGGUCGCCCCAUCAAUGUGUACGGCCAUUCGUGGGGUGGGAUGUUCAUUGCGCAAUGGGCCGCGCGGCCGGGCGCUGCGAAUCUUCACCGCCUCGUUAUCGCGAGCAGUCUGGCUAGUAUGGAUGUCUGGCGCAUCGGCAUUACGGCUUUGCGGAAGAAGUUACCUCUUGAUGUCCAGGAGGUUCUUGAUCGCGCCGAAGAGACCUUGGAGUUUGAGACGCCGGAAUAUGAGGCCGCUGUCGAGGUUUUCUAUAAGAGACAUCUUAGCCUUGCUAGGCCUUGGCCAGCGAAGGAAGUUCAGGCUGCGCUCGAGUGGUUUGCCAAGGACUCGACCACGUACGGCACAAUGUAUGGCCCAAGCGAACUCUACGUUUCUGGUUCUCUCCGUAAUUGGACCUCCAUCCCGGAAUUGAGCGGUAUUAAGGCCACCACACUGCUCAUAAACGGAGCUGAAGAUGAGGCAAAGGAUGUUGCGAUGCAACCUUUCUUCGACAAUAUCGACAAGGUCAAAUGGGUAACCCUCGACAACGCAGCUCAUUUUGCUCAUAUUGAUCAGCGCGAGAAGUAUAUGCAACAUCUGAGGACGUUUCUACUCAGUUGAAUGCUCAUGAUUCUUCCUCAAGCAUCGUGCUGAGCUUCCCCCUGUUGUAACAUGAACCUGGGGAGCAGGUAAUCAGCUGUAGUUUCGGCUACAAUUCCACAGGGUAAUAAGUCAAAUACGACUGUACUCGUCUGUAUUGCUCGUCGUGUUGAUAAAGGAUUAGGCUUCAUGUACAUUCGAAGCAUCCUAUA